CCCCCAACCCUUCGCCUUCUCGCUGCCUCUGCCCCCGAUUCCGUCCCCCCUUCAUCCCUCCCUCCACCCCCAUCGGUUUAUUGAUCUCUUGUUACGUUGUUCUUCGAGAUCUUGAUCGCGACCGUGAACGGAUGGAUGCUCUGCGGGACUCUUGGCUGAUGCGGAGCUAUUGUGACGACCUUUAUGGUGUGCUAUGCUCUUACAUCAUUCAUUUCAGGCUAUUUAAGUGGUGGACUUUAUGCACGGAAUUGGAAAAAACUGGAUGAAGACAAAUGAUCUAGAGAGCAUCAUUGUUUGCAUUUAUGUGCUUUGGAACAGGCUUCAUGCUUAACACAGUUGCUAUAUUUUUUGGCUUACUGGCAGCUAUUCCAUUUGGGACAAUACUAACCGUGUUUGUAUCAUGGGCUUUCAUUUCACUCCCUCUUGCACUUCUCAGCAUAGCCUUUGGUAGGAACUGGAAUGGUUUCCCAAACAAUCCAUGCUCUGUGAAGACUAUUCCACGUACUAUCCCUGAGAACUGAUCUGGGACAACUAAAAGGCGCAAGGAAAGCAAAGACGAGCAAACAAACCUUCCGAUUAUGUUCUUCUAGGAAUCUCCCUUGUGAUGUAACUGGCCAACCUCAGGGCGUUUUCUUACUAGUUUUUGAGCUGACCUUGACUUUAACAGCAAUGGCGGUCAUCAAGUCGAGUGGCUCAUUGAUACAUUACAGUCUCCUCGUUAGCUUCAUCGCCUUGUCACCCUUUGAUGAUGGUCAGAGUAUUCAUUUUCUUGCCUUUGAACCCUUCCACUCCCAACCUUCAUGACGUUUGUUAUGUGAUCGGCACACAGUCAUAAACACCAAAGCAUCCAACAAAGAGGUGUAUUUAGACAUUGAAUCUUGCUUUCUUAAGUCCUGUCUUCUUGUCAUCUUCCUCUCGAGCAAACUCAUGUCUCUCAUCCAACAGCCAAUCCCAGUCUUCUGAUAAGGAUCCUUCCUUCCUCCCAACUCGAGACUCUAUUCUAAUCAGCUUUGAACGAGGAGAUGAAGUUGGCGGUGGAGGUCGUUCGAGCCCACCGCCUGAAGCCCAUAGUCUGGCAUGGCACGACGAACCCCUUCGUCGAAGUGGAGUUCGAUGGACAGAGACGCCGCACCGCGACCAAACACAACGACCUCAACCCCUCGUGGAACGAGACCCUCGUCUUCGACGUCUCCGACCCUCUUGAUCUCCCCGACCGCACCGUCGACGUCUCCGUCUUCCACGAGCGCUUAUCCUCUUCCGUGGACCACCGCCGUCGCCGUCGCAGCUUCCUCGGCCGCGUUUGCCUCCUUGGAUCCUCCGUGGCGUCCUCGCGCCUCGACGCCGCCCUCCAGCUCUGCCCCCUCGACAAACGCAGCCUCUUCUUCAACGUCCGUGGCGAAAUAACCCUCCGCCUCUACGCCGUCCCUGACGCCUACGAAGCCCAAGCUGCCGACGGCCACCGUCCCCUCUCCUCCGCCUCUGCACCUACUAUUGUUCUGGAAUCCAUUCCAUCAUCAUCCACUAUCCUCGAGUCCAUUCCUUCCACCAUAUCCGCCGCCGAAACGCUGCCGCUCAAGUCCACCAUAUCCGUCGGCGAGAUGAUGCCCCCUAAGAAGAAGAGCCAUCGUUCGUUUACCAAGGAAAAGGAGCGGAGAGAGUUCCGCUCUGUCGGGACCCCAUCCGCGACAGGAAAGAGUCAAGUUAGCCAGACAACAGAGUUCUUCUCGAACCACGAAAGGAGCCACCAUCGCUCGCCGCAGUCUUAUUACCGGGCGAACCAUGACCUGGCGGGGCCAGCGGUGGCUGCAUCAGUGCAGCAAGCUCCUCCGCCCAAAAUUGAGUACGGGAUCGUCGAGACCCAGCCGUCACUCGCGGCCCUCAUGGGCUACCGGCUCGCCAGAAACAGCGACAAGAUCAAAAGCACCUACGACCUCGUGGAGCAGAUGGAGUUCCUCUUCGUCCGCAUCGUCAGGGCCCGCAACCUCCCUGCCAUGGACAUCGUCGGCAGCCUCGAUCCUUACGUCGUGGUGAAGCUUGGCAACUUCACCAACAAGACCAAUCACCGGGAGCGAAACCGGGACCCGGAGUGGGAAAACGUCUUCGCCUUCUCCAAGGGCCACAUCCAGGCGCAGCGCCUGGAGGUGGUGGUGAAAGACAAGAACUUCAUCAAAGACGACAUCGUGGGCGACGUCGUCAUCGAGCUCCCCGAGGUCCCCUUGCGCGCUCCGCCGGAUGGCCCCGUCGCCCCUCAGUGGUACAGGCUGCGGAAGGGGAACAACCGCGACGAUGACGCCUACCGGGGGGAGAUCAUGAUGGCCGUGUGGAUGGGCACGCAGGCGGACGAGGUGUACCCGGACGCGUUGCACUCCGACGCUCACCUUCUUCCCCUGGCGAGCAUCCCCCACACCCGCUCCAAGGUCUACUUCAGCCCCCGCAUGAGCUACCUCCGGGUCAACGUCAUCUCGGCCCAGGACCUUAAGCCGUCCCGCCCCGACCCGGCGAUCUACAUCAAGGUCCAGCUCGGUGCCCAGCUGCGGUGGACUCUCGUCUCCUCGGACCGCUCCCCGAACCCGACAUGGAAGAACGAGGAGCUCAUGCUCGUUGCCUGCGAGCCUUUCGACGAGCCGCUCGUGCUCAUGGUCCAGGACCGUCUCCUGCCGAACAAGGACGAGACCAUGGCCAAGCUGGAGAUCCGCAAGGGAGCCAUCCGCACCCGCGCCGACCACCACAAGCCCUUUGCCCCUCAGUGGUUCAACCUCGACAACCCAAAUGGAAGCAGCAGCAGCGGCAACGGCAGCGGCUACGGCAAGCUCCAGCUUCGGGUCUACUACGACAACAACUACCAUGUGAUCGACGAGUCCGCGCACUUCUGCAGCGACUUCCAGCCCUCCGCCAAGCCGCUCCGGAAGCCCAACAUCGGAUUACUCGAGCUCGGGAUACUGAACGCCCGGGAUCUUGCACCACUGAGGAGCAACAACGGCGGGGGCAGGAGAGUCGACGCGUACUGUGUUGCGAAGUACGGCCCCAAGUGGGUGCGCACACGGACGAUCCUCGGCACGGCGGAACCCCGGUGGAACGAGCAGUACUCAUGGGACGUCCACGACCCCUGCACGGUCCUCACCGUCGCCGUCUUCAACAACGGCCACGUCGACGGCAACAACGACGCCGCCAAAGACGAUCCCCUCGGAAAGAUCCGAAUCCGGCUCUCGACGCUGGAGAUUGACCGUGUCUACACUCACUUCUAUCCUUUGCUAGCGGUGCAUCCUUCCGGGUUGAAGAAGACCGGCGAGCUGCAUCUGGCCCUCCGAUUUACAUGCACGUCGUGGCUGAACAUGUUGUUCUUGUACGUCAAGCCUCUGUAUCCCAAGAUGCACUACAUGCAGCCCAUCCCGUUCAAGCAGAUGCAGUACCUCCGCUACCAGGCGAAGCAGACAGUGGCAGCGAAGGUGGCCCGGGCUGAGCCGCCGCUGGGGCGGGAUGUGGUCGCAUACAUUCUCGACGAUGCUUCCAACACGUUCAGCCUGAGGAAGGGCAAGACCAAUUGGCAUCGGAUCAGGAUGCUGUUCUCCGACGUCCAGGCCUACCUGAAAUGGUUCGACGCUGUCCGAAGUUGGACCAGGCCGGCGGUGACCACUCUCGUCCUCCUGCUCUUCUGCGUCAUUGCCUGGACGCCGUCCCUGAUCCUUCCCUCCAUAUUCCUCCACCUGUUCAUCGUGUGCGCCUGGAAUUCCCGGCGUCGCCCGCGCCACCCGCCGCACGUGGACACGAAUCUGUCAUUCGCCGAGUCGGCCGUCCCAGACGAGCUCGACGAGGAGCUAGAUAGUUACCCGUCGACGAGGACGAACGAGAUGGUCAUGAGCAGGUACGACCGGCUGAGGGUGGUCGCCAGUAGGGUGCAGUCGGUGGUGGCAGAUCUGGCCAACCACGCGGAGAGGAUACAGGCCUUGCUGAGCUGGAGGGAUCCCCGGGCGACGGCCAUCUUCGUAGUAUUUGCCAUCAGAAUGGCUGCAGUCUUCUAUUUCCUGCCGUUCCCGUUGGUGGUGAUGCUCGUGGGGCUGUACUUCAUGCGCCACCCCAAGUUCCGGAGCAAGACGCCCUCGGCGGCCUAUAACUUCUUCCGGAGGCUGCCGAGCAACGCCGAUACAUUUCUGUAAAUAAAUCGCAUGUGGAAACACACGCAAUGGUGUGCGCUCGUCAUAGCAAUCAGUGUUGUUUUGUACUGGGGAAGACGAAGAAAGUGUCCGAAGGCUGUACGUGUUCUGGUAAUGUCAUCCUCUCUUUUCAUGUGAAAUAACACCAAUUCAUCAUCAUGUGGUCGAUGACCGCUCAAACACAUACUUAUAUGUCGUUUAGAG